AUGCCAAUAUCACUCAGACUGAUACAAACCCAGUUUAACUACCUGGCAACAAAGGCUCGACAGGAUAGUCAAGCGACAAUGUCGGGCUAUCUUUGGAAGAAAAACUCAGUUUCUGGCAAAUGGCAACAGAGGUACUUUGUUCUCUAUCAGAAUCUUUUGUUUCAAUUUGAAUCCGAUAAAUUGGAUAAGGCGCCAUGUGGGAUGGCCUUGCUAGAAGGAUCCUACUGCGAGAAGACACUUGUUCUUCGCACCUCUCGUGAUACACGCACCGCGCCUCAACACGAACACUGCUUCACAAUAUGCUAUCUGCCUAAACGGAAGAAGUACUACGAACUCCGAGCGAACAGUGAAGAAAGUUGCGAUGAUUGGGUUGCAGCCAUUCGGUGUGCAAGGUAUCGUUAUGCAAAAAUAUUAAAUACUUAUCAGUUAUAUUUGAAUGUUUGA